AACCACCUGGAACCCUCCAUGUCUCAAUUAUCCAUUUCCAUCUCUCUCCAGAAACUUCCCGUCUGCCUUCUCUCCUAAACCCCAUCACCCAUAAAACCCCACUGCAACCUCCCAUUUCUUCACACAGCGAAAGAAGCAGCUUAGAGAUUCUACUCAUCAAUCAUCGUCUGAAAAUCCAAUAUGGACUUGAGAAUCAUGGGCUUCGAUUCUCCACUCUCAACCCUCCAACACAUGCUCGACGGCGUCGAUGACGCUGAUAAGCCCGUCAGCGCUCCAACCCGCACCUACGUUCGCGACGCCAAGGCCAUGGCUGCGACGCCGGCCGACGUCAAGGAGUACCCCAAUUCCUAUGUCUUCAUCAUCGACAUGCCGGGGCUGAAGUCCGGCGACAUCAAGGUGCAGGUGGAGGACGACAAUGUGCUGGUGAUCAGCGGAGAAAGGAAGCGGGAGGAGGAGAAGGAAGGCGCCAAGUACGUGAGAAUGGAGAGGAGGGUGGGGAAGUUUAUGAGGAAGUUUGUGUUGCCGGAAAAUGCGAAUACUGAUAAGAUCUCUGCGGUUUGUCAAGAUGGUGUGUUGACCGUCACCGUUGAGAAGCUGCCACCGCCGGAGCCGAAGAAGCCCAAGACCAUUGAGGUGAAGGUUGCUUGAGAUCUUUGGGGUUUGGAAAUUUGAGGUCAUGGAUGUGACGAGCUUGUGUUUAUAUCUUCUUGGAUUUUGCGUGAUUUUGGGUUGUGUUUGGGUUCGGUGUAUAUGAGGGUGUGUUGGUUUUUGGGAUCUUGUACCCGAUGUCUCCCAAGUCAGUAUGUAGUCUUCAAUCUUCAUCUCUACGAGUGAAACCUUUUCCCUUAUUUUUAGUGUGCCAUUUUCAUUACCUCAAAUUUAAGGUGCCAUAUAUAUUAAGGUUUUAUGUUGGGAUUA